GUGAGCAAAAAUGCCCUCUAUUUUCUCUUCCUGUUCUGUGGUUUCUUAACCAACACGAACUCCGACUCUGAUUUCUGAGAACAUCAAAAGCUUCCAAAGACGACCAACGAGCAGAGGGAGAGAGAGAGAGAUGGAUUUCGAGCUGAGAAGAGCGAGAGAGAAGCUAGAGAAGGAGCAGAAGGAGAGGAAAGAGAGUGCGAGGCGGAAAUUGGAGAAGGAGAGGAAGGCCAAAGAGGAAGGUAAGAAGCAGAGAGAAGCCAUUGACGCCGAGCGGUCCAGACGCCUCUUCGAUGCCGCCCAAGCCCAACUCAAGGCUGAUCAACAAAUGCAAGAAAGUUUACUUGUCGGACGGGGAAUCAUGUUUUACCGCGUAUUUGAAGCUGUACGUUGCCAGGGUAGUGGAGAUAAGAUUAAGUUGCCAGCUUCCUGCUUCAACGAAUUGCAAGAUCAAGGUGCGUUUGAUCAAGGUCCCUUGUACUUUAAGUUGUCAACAGUACAUCAAGGGGGCUCGUCAGAAACAAUUGAUGCUGAUAAGGAGAAGGGUAGGAGCACGCAUUCAGGCGUUUUGGAGUUCACUGCAGAUGAAGGUUUUGUUGGGCUUCCUCCUCAUGUAUGGCAGAACUUAUUUCCGACUGAUACACCAAAUAUUCCUUUGAUAGAAGUUCUCUAUGUCUGGCUUUCUAAAGGGACUUAUGCAAAACUUCAACCUCUUAGGAUAGGUUUUUCAGACUUGCCCAAUCACAAGGCCAUCCUCGAAACAAGCCUUCGUCAGCAUGCCACCCUUUCUCAGGAUGAUAUAUUUACAGUCAACUACGGGGAGCUGGUAUAUAAGUUACAGGUCCUUGAGUUAAAACCCUCUUCAAGUGUAUCUGUUCUAGAAACGGAUAUUGAAGUUGACAUAGUUGGUGCUGAUAAUGAUUCGGAGAAGACUCAUGAAAAUGUCCUAAAACCACUUAUAUUUGGAACGUUAGAAUCUGGAACAGUUGACGAAGGGCACUACACGUAUUACAAGUUUACCAUAGAUAAUGAUACUUGGGAGAAAAUUGCUUCGGGAGAUGCGAAAGUUGAGGUGAGGAUAGAAGCGGAGCCAAAUUCUGGAGAUACUGAUAUUUACAUCUCCAAGCAUCCUCUAAUAUUCCCAACAAGGCACCAGCAUGAAUGGUCAUCCCAUGACAUUGGUUCGAAGGUAUUGAUCCUUGGCUCAAAAGACAAGAGCUUGGAAGCAGUAACUUACAGUGUUGGUGUGUACGGGUUUAAGGGAACAACCAAGUACCAAGUAUCAGUGAAUGUUCAAGAUGACAGUAAUCGGACGAUAGGUCAGCAGGCUGUUUCUUCCUCAUCACCAAUGGACAUGGAUACUGUAGAGUGUAAGAAUUGUAAGCGUUAUAUACCCAGUCGCACAUUAUCGCUUCAUGAAGCCUAUUGUAGCAGACAUAAUGUUGUUUGUCAGCAUGCUGGUUGCGGAGUUGUUCUCAGGGUUGAGGAGGCCAAGAAUCACGUCCAUUGUCCGAAAUGUGAGCAAGCUUUUCAUCAGGGGGAAAUGGAAAAGCACUUGAAAGUGUUCCAUGAGCCACUUCACUGCUCCUGUGGAAUUGUGCUCGAGAAGGAAGAGAUGGUGCAACACCAAGCAUCCGUUUGCCCCCUUCGCCUAAUCACAUGUCGAUUCUGUGGGGACAUGGUUCAAGCUGGAAACUCUGCUAUAGAUGUUCGGGACAGAAUGAGAGGAUUGUCUGAGCACGAGAGUGCAUGUGGGUCGAGAACAGCCCCGUGUGACUCAUGUGGGCGUUCUGUCAUGCUGAAGGAGAUGGACAUCCAUCGGGUUGCCGUGCAUCAAAAGAACUAAAAUCGUCACACGCAAGUUCCAAGUUUCCCGGCAUUGUCUAAGCUUGCUGGCAUGUGUGUUUGAAUUGCAUCCUUUGUGCAUGUGACGAUGCAUCUGUGUUGUCUUGGACAAACAAGUGGGAACAUUUGGGAAAGAUGUCUGCCCACUCGCUGCUGCGGAUUAUUUGUGUUUUCCAAAGAAAAUAUGUUUGUUAAGCUGUCUGACAAAAGACAUUGUAGUCCCAAUUUGAUAUCCUAUGUGUUUUUCUUGUGUAUUCUUGAUAAACUAGCGUUUGUAUAAAUAUAGAGAAUGAUUCGUUUGGGACGUGUUUA